AUGGGAUUUUCAAAAAAGUCAACUAGUAGUAAUCACCCAAUGGAUGGAAAUAUUGUAGAGUCAGAAACCAAAAAAGGAUGGAUCAUUGCAGGAAUAAAAUUGAGGAGUCCAUUGAAGCCUAUAUUAACAUCCAAGAAUUGGAACAAGCAUGUUGAUGAAGAACAAGAACAAGAAGAGUACUUUGCAACAACUCCAACGUAUGAGGAAUCAAGGUUAUCAAGAAAGUGCUUAACAUGUCCACCAGCUCCUAAGAAGAGAAAAACAUCUUCAAGGUGCCAUAAUAGUAAUAAUGGUCAUGUUAGGGAAUUCUUUCAUCCACCUUUAGACUUGGAAACUGUUUUUAUGAGCAGACUUGAAACUUGA